GAAAUUUAAAACCAGCUGUUAUAAUUAGUGUCGUAAUGACAUAAAUUUCAAGUUUAGUGUUUUUAAUUCUUUAAAUUUAAUGUUUAACAUAAUUCAAAUACCUCACUUGAGUUACGUAUCAGGAGUAUGCCUUCGUAUACUCGCAGUGAUAGUUCUCUUGCAUGUUUGUCUUGAGACAUGUUGUUACGCUCAAGAAUCUGCUGGCCUCAAUAGUACCCGCGGGCACAUCACUGCCCACGAUAGAGCUCUGCAGAAGAACUUCUCCAGUCUGGUGAUGGUGACCUUAGCUCUGAAGGGAGGCACUCACCAGAUCUGCUCGGGAACCUUGAUAACUCCGAGCUGGGUGCUCACUGCCGGACACUGCUUGUUCUCCGACGGGAAACGUCUGCCCAACAUUCAGGUGCAUGCUGGUGUUGUGUCCUAUCAGGAAAUAGUCGAGAAGAACACGAAGAACUCACAGACACGUGUGGUUCGUAUAAACGCCACCUACCUACACCCUGAUUACAAGUGUUGUGAAUCACUGGUCAACGAUUUUGGUCUGCUUCAGAUAAAACCCAAGUUCAAUCUGACCGACACUGUUAGCACUACUAACCUGGCCGGCAAGCCACUGGGGAGUGAGAAAGACAUAUGUAUUUUAGCGGGCUAUGGGGCUCAGAAGGGUCAAAUGUUCGGCAAACUCAAGAUUCAUAAAAUUAGCUCCAAACGCUUAUCAACACAUAAGGAGUGUCCAUGUAAAUGGACGAAAAGGAAGAUAUGGAGUGUAUCAAGCCCUAAAAAAACAAAAGAUUAUCUCUGCCGAAUCAAUCAAGAAGAUGAUCAACCACUGGGAUAUGGUGAUUAUGGUGCGGCUAUUAUGAAAUCAAAACGAGUGUAUGGGGUCUUUAGCUCAAUACUACAUGAAUCCUUCCAUAAGUCAUGCAGUCUCAAGAUGUUCUCUCGUGAAGAAAUUUUAAUUCACUCCAAAACUGAAAAACUCACUACCGCUGUGUUCUCAGACACUUGUAGAUAUAAUAGAGAAUAUCUCAAGGAACCAAUAAUACACAAUAAAUUGGCUUGCUUCUACUGAUCAAGAUGAGAAAACUGUCAACACAAUUGAUUAGAAAGCCUUCAGCUCCAAAAUACAAUUGCAUAACAAUAUGUUUACUAGAUAGUUCCAAUAUACAAACAGCUAAUUUUUAUUACACCAAAAG